GUAAUAACGAUACUGUACUAAUAACUCCGUAAUACUACACUUACUAGACAUCUAUUAAAGUGAAGUGUACUGGGGCAUACGCCAACGUUCUGUAUUAUACUCCGCCUAGAGCCACUGAUAUUAACUAUCAUGACAGAUAUUGAGCCAGAAACCAAUGGGAACCACACUACAUCUAAUGGUGAUAAAUUAAAGACACCACCAGAAAUUCCUCAUAUUCUGAAUAAUAUAAUUCCUUUAUCGACCAUACUUAAAUUCUAUACUCAAGAAGCAUUCAAACAAUUAUCAACCGUAAUUGAAAAUUUAUCAUCCACUCAAGAAUCAGAAAAUGAUUCAGUAAGAAAGAAGAAAUUUCUUGAAACUAUUAUAUCUUUACGACAAGAUUUUGUAAAGAUAUAUACUUUAGUUAAAUGGUCAGCCAGUGCUAAAGAUGUUUCGAAAUUAAUUGAUUUAUUAAAUUGGUGUCGAAUGCAAGAAUUUCAUUUUGAUCAAUUAGGUAUUCAAUUAAAUGGAUUAACCGGAUUUAGUGGAGCUAAAUUACCAAAUUCAGAUAUUAUAACCAGUUUAGAAGUAUUUUUUAAACAUAGACCUCAAUUACCUUCAUAUAAUUAUAUUCCAAUUCAAAGAAUUAGUUCCGAAAAGACUCUUGAAGUGUUGGAAGAUUUAAAUUUAAUUUUAACUACAAGAUUAGCACUUAUUGAUAUACCGAAACGUUUAGAUAAUAAUUAUAUUAUUAAAGAUGGUAGAAUAUAUUUUUCAGUACCAAAUGAAUUUCAAGUAUCAAUAACAGUAGCUAAUGAUUUAAUAAUAGAUUCAAUUGAAGAUUAUUAUAAAUCCCCAUUUUAUUUUAUUGAUUUUAAAUUCUUAUUUGGUAUAAAUCCUGAAACUUCAUUAAUAACUCAUACUGAUAAUAAAAUUGUAACAAAAUUACCUAAAUCAUCUCAUGAAAAAUUAGAGAAAACUAUUAAUAAUGUGUUAUUAAAUCAAGGAUUAAGAGGAUUAUAUGAUGUACUUCAUAAAUAUUCAAUUUCAUUUAAAUUAUAUCUUAUAGCUAAACAAUUAAAAGAAUUAUUAAUUAAUACUCGAUGGAGAAAUAAUCUUCAAGUUAAUUAUCAAACAGGGAAAUCCUUAGUAAUUAUAAAUUAUUGGGCUACCCAUUUCUUAUCAAGAAAUUGGCGGUCAUUUAUUGAACUUGGAAUCGAUAAGAAAUAUAACUUAAACUUUCGAUGGUUUAAGAAUGGGAAAUAUAAUUUUAAUCAAGAAUUAAGUCAAACAUUGAGUGCUCAACUUAAGAAUUCUAAUUCUAGUUCUAAUUCUAAUUCUAAUUCUAGUUCUAAUUCUAAUUCUAGUUCAGAAUCAAAUUCUAAAUUAGCUAAUUCAAAUGAACUUGAUGAAGAUGAUGAUAAUCAAGAUAUUGAAGAACCUGAAGAUUUAAAUGUUGAUUUAAUUUUAAAUGUGAUUGUUAAUAAACAUUCAGCAUUAAUUAUGGAGAAAGUAUUUAAUCAAUUAACUUUAAGAUUUAAUAAAGAAUCUCAUCAUGAUCAAGAUCAAGUAUCUUACUUAAGUCCUCAACAAUUAUUAUUAAAAUUAUCUCCAACAAAAUCCACUAUCUUUUGUAUUAAUCCCUUAACCGGAUUCUUUUAUUUUAUUGAUCCUAGUCCUUUACAAGAUACUUUAACUAAGAAAAUCAAUUCUCCACCAAUGAUUGUUAAGAAUAAUUCAUUUAUUAGUGAAUCAGAUAUGGUUAAUAAUAUAAUUGAUAAUUUAAUUCAAUUAAGAUUAGAAGUAUUUAAUAAAGAAAUUAAUAAUAAAUUAUUAACUACUGAUUGGAUUAAUAAUGAUAUUAUUAAUUUAGGAGAAUAUGAAGUAUCUAAAUUAGGAAAUUUCUUAGUCGAUGGAUUAAAUUUUAAAAAGAAUAUUCAUAAUAUAAAAUUCUAUAGAAGAAAGAAUUGGCCAUCAAGUUGGAUUUUAAUUAGUUUAAUUAGUGGUAUAACUUCGACAUCUUAUUGGUGGGUGGCCCGAUUAAAAUCCAUAAGUGGAGAAUGGAAGAUUCAAUGGAUUCAAAAGCUUAAAUUUCAAUCGCAAACUAAUAAUAGUACUAAUAAUAUUACUAAUAAUAAUACCAAUCAUAUUGUGGAAGAAUCUAAUGAUAAUACUAACACUUCAAUAUUAAAUGAUGGAGUAGCACCAUCUCGAUUCAAUUAUGAAUUCUUUAGUAGUUUAUCUACAAUAUGUUCUAAUAUGAUCAUUGAUCAUAUGAUCUUGGAAGAAUUACAGGCAAGAAAGAUUAGAUUCUUAAAGACUGAUUCAAUUAAUCAUAUAUUACAAAAGUUUAAUAUUGAAGAAAUCCCUGAUAAAGAUGAUGAAAUUCAUCAUGAAUCUGAUCAAGAAGAUAAAGCUAAACCAUUAGUUUAUGAAUCAGUAAUUUUGAUAUAUAAUCAUAAUGAUUUACUCCCCAUCUAUAAUUCAUCCACUAGUUUAUUCUUAAAGAUUAAAUUAAUUAAUUCUAAUAAUGUCACCCAAAUGAAACUUAAAUUAUUUGGAAAUUUAAGAAACCUUUCUAUUAAGAAUUCUCCUGAAAGUUUCCUUCAAUUAAAUUUAAAAAUUGAUGAAGUUAAGAAUUAUUUUGAAAUCUAUGAUUUAAUAAAUCUUUCCAGUAGACUUAAUAGUAAUAAUAGUGAAAAUUCAGGAGAAAUUGAAACUAAGGAUGGAUUAUUAGAUCGAGUAUUUGAUAAUUUGAAUAAAUUAAAUAAAUUAAUUAAAAUUCUUGAUCAAUUAAAUAAGGGGAAAAUUAGAAUUAUUGAGAAUUCAGUUAAUGAUAUUACUAUUAAAUUACAUGAUAGUCUUGAUAAUUUAAUUAUAAAAUUACCAGAAAAAUCUCAUGAAGGUAUAAAAAUAUUAACUGAUCCAGAUUCUAAGCGAGAAAUUAAUCCUGAAUUUGGAUUAAUUUUAACUUAUUUGAAUCGAUAUUUAGCUUCCCAAAUUAACACUAAUGAAGAUUCUGAACCUUCAUCAGAAGAUGGAGCUUCAAUUAUUGGCAUUAUUGAAUGUAUAAAGGAAAUAGAGCCAAUCUUACAUUCAAUUCUGAGAAUUAGAGAGAAUGUCCUUAAACAUGAGAAUCUGAUCAAAUUAGCUAAUGGAUUAUCGAAAUUAAACUUUGAUGUAAAGAUUCCUAACGUAAAUACCAUUCAAUAUAUCUUUCAUUUAAAUUAUCUGACAGUUAAUUCUGCUAAAAAGAUAUUUAAAGAUAAAAUAGUUAUUAAUUUAACCUUUAAAAAGAAUAAAUUCGAUGUUAUCAAUAGGAAUUUGAUCAAAAUCUCACUUAAGGACAAUCUAAAUUCAAAAAAUAUAAAGUAUAAGAAAUUAUUUGAAUUAAUAUUUAAAUCAAUUAAUGAUUAUGAUUUAGAAAAUCAAAGUCCUCAAGAUCCUACUCAAAUUCAAACUCCUGCUUCAAUAAAUUCAGGUAAUAAUGAUGCUCAUGCUCGAUUAUUAAUUAAAUUAAAUUAUGAUUUCUUAGUUAGUUCAUCAGUAGUUGAAGAAUUAAUGGUAAGAAUUGGUAAUUGUUUUGUACAAUAUCUACAACUUGAACCUCAAACAAGAUGAUAAUUCAUUAGAUAUAUAAAUAUAAAUAUACAGAACAAAACUAA